AUGGAGGCGUCUUACCAGUCUGAGUCCGAGUCUGAGGCCUGGCCUGGGACUCAGCGGCCCGGGACCGGGACCGUAAGCGCGGCCGUGCGCGAGCACUUGCGGAAGCUGUGUCUGCGCGAGUUCCCGUGCGGCGCCGGCAGCUGGGUGCGAGCGCCGGGGCUGGGACUCUGGGGGCCUGGACCGGCUGCGGGGAGGCACGGGCCCGGGCGAGCGGGGCGGGCUGGUCCCUGGGGCCUGGGAUCUGUGCAUUCUGGGGGCCGCCAACCAUUUGGUGUCCUUAAGGGGGCUGUGUCACACCUAGAGAAAUCCCCACCUCUGCCACUGCAGAAUAAGUCACGCUUUCUUCCUCAAACUUGGCGAACAUGGAGAGAGCUGGUCACCAAAGAGGAGGAUGUGGUGAGCCCCGGGGAGGAGACGGUGGAGGCCCUGCUGGGCCUGGUCCGCAGCCCCCACUCCCCCUGGGCUCUGCUGAAUGACUCGAAUGCAGAAGACAGUUUCCUGAGAGAACUGGCCAUCCGGAACCCGCUGAUGAUCACAGACACCUUCUUCUACUCCUACUUCCGGUCCCUGCGGGUGGUAGACAAGGAGGCGAGUGCUGGGCACGUGGGGGGUCACCCUGGUGGAUAA